AUGAUCAUUCCUCUGCUCGAUGUUACCCAUGCAAUCGAGCUCAUUCCUGUUUACGGGGACAGAGCUAAUCGUGCUGUUGACUCCUCGACGUGUUUGGAAAGCUAUGAUACCUUCUACCUUAACAAUUUUUCAGACAAAGAAUGGUACCACACGCUACACACAGAUUUCAUUGAGUUGUCAGAUCUCCACCAAUCGCAUGGCUUUGCUACUGAAGUCGUAAGCGUUCACCAUCUGUACACAAGACUUAGUACUGCGAUGCGGUUCUCUACUCUAGCAUUUGUUGCAUUGAUACUGCAACCUGUCCUUUCCAGCAACGUCGAGGAAAGCACUUGUUCUUAUGAUAGUGAAGGUUUAGAGGUGGCCAACGAGGGAGGAUGGGGACUAGUGAAAUGUGAGUACAUCCGUGGCUACCAUUUUCAAUCAUUCAAUGAGAAAGUGUCAACAGCGGCAUUGUUCGGCAAGUCAAUGCAAGUUGCAGAAACAUUACGUGGUCACUUUGAUGGCCUGCUCAGUCAUGAAGGCGCCAAUAGUCUCACAGAACAACUUGACUCUUUGUCUGCUUCAGCAUACACGCUGUACGAUGGAUUGCACAUUCCAAGUGCGGGAGAGUCCUGGGACAAAAUCGUGGGGCUCGGUUCAAAUAUCCAAGGGAAUGUAGACGAACUCUUCCAACAUGCCAAGGAACUUUAUCCCUCAAAGAUAUCGGAGUUCAAGAAGUCUGUGAAUAGUGUUGUCAGUACAGCUACAUCACUGCACCAAGUUGUUAAAGGAGCCGCAGAACAACGUGAAAUUCCUCUCGAUUCAGUAUUAGACGAACUUCGAAAUACCCUGCAUGUCCUAUUUGAAGAGCUUAAAGAGCAGUUCCCGCCACCCGAGGAGGCUCCCGGUCAUGAGAAUCGUACCCUCAUAAUCAACACAGUUCUUGAUCGCGUCGAGGAGACUUUUCUACGGGUUGCCAUCAAGUACGGAGCAAGUGAGGAAGUCCUGAAAAAUCACACCAGUUCUCUCAUGUCUGGUGUUCGACAUAUUGUGGGGAUCGUCGGAGACCUUUACGAACAACACCCUCAGCUGGCAUGGACCUUCUUUAGCAUUGCGAUUGCCCCGCUAUUUGCACAGGGGCUUCUUCUCUCAGCCCUCAGGAUAUUUGGAUUUGGGCCAUUGGGACCAAUUGCAGGAGCUCCUGCUGCAUGGUUGCAAGCGUGGUUAUUUCGCGGGGCUAUCCCAGCAGGUAAUUGGUUUGCGAUACUUCAGCGCAUAGCCAUGAGAGGUGCAAUGUUUUAA